AUGUCUUCUGAAAAUAAGGAAAUAAUUGAGGAUAAAAUUUACAAAUAACAAACCAAAAUAGAUCAAUUAGCAAGGAAAUCUUUUAUUAUGAGAAAGAUAGAAUAGCCCAAAGAUGAACAUGAAUUGUAAUUACUUAAAAGAAUUGAAAAGUAUUUAUUACCUUUUUAGAAAGAGCCCGCUAUGAAAGAGAAGAAACGAAAAUUAUUCAAUCUCACUAGAUUUCAUCUCCUCAAUUUUGGUAGAUCUUCAUGAAGAGACACUACGAUUUAGGUGCUUGGCUUUUAUUGGAUGUAACAACUAAUUUUGCAUUGUAAUUCAAUUAUUCUAAAAUUGUUUAGAUACUUCUUUGACACCAUUAGAGUCAGAACACAAGCACAGAAUAAGUACGUAGAUAUUUCUCAUUUCAAUUAAAACAAUGUCAAAAACCUUCCCAUCUAUUCUGGACUUCAUUAUAAACUGUCCUAUGUAAUCCUAAGUGAUAUUUUGAGAAAUUUCACAAAUCAAGUGAGAUAUCAAUUAUUUAUGGAUCCCUCCUCCUAAUUUAGUGUAAUUUCUUCAAUCUCAUUCUUUAGAACUAUAAUUAAUUAACCAAAAUCUUGAUACAUGGAUUAAUCGCAGAAACUACAAUCACAACACUAUUGUUGCCAAUAGAAAUAAGAAAGAUGGUAGUGUAAUUAGGAUCAUUUGAUGCCAACAUGAAUCACUACAUAAAAUCAUAUAUGAGAUGCUAUUUCCCAGCUUUAAUUAGGGAUUCCCUUUUCUUUGUAAGUCACUCAAUCACUUAUAAUCUACUGAUGUAUGGAGAUCAUUACAUAACUUCACUCUUUAGAUCUGGAGAAUUCACUCCACCACCUGUAAUCCCUAAUUAUCAUAUGCUUAUUAGACGAUCUUGAGAGGAGAAAGAGAAAGGAAGUUUACUUGUAUGCUAGGUUCCUUGGGAUUUUCGAUUUUGCUCACUAAUCCAUUCGAUGUCUUGGUCACCAAGUUGGCCACUCAAAGAAAUGUAUUGAUUUAAUAUCAAAUCCAGGAAUCAUACACUAAUCCAUUCUAAGCAUUUAAAUUCAUCGUUUCCCAAGAAGGAUGGUCCAAGCUAAUUGCCAGUGCCAUCUCUCAAAGAAUUGGUUUCUACUUCCUCAAAGGACUGGUGUUCUUUAGUUAUUAGGAUCGUGUAUAUUAGAUGUUCCAUGAUGCAUUUAAUUAUGAGUGACUGUCUAUAUCAGC